GGGGUAUAUACAGUGUGCUUAAAGGACUCCGGGAAAUAGCCGGUGAUGCUUUUAGGCACAACACAAAAAUAUCCACGAUGACUCUCUGGCAGUGGGUGAAUGGAGCGCUGGUAGCCAGGAGGAAGCUGAACUCCAGCUAUUUCCAGGCAGGAGCUGUGGCUGGGAAAAGGCAAAGGGACGGGGAGAGCCCAAGAGAGCCGUCUGAGUUCACACCUGAUCUAGAGCGGCCAUCCCACCCUCUCUCCAAGAAUCGCUCCAGCAAACAGCUGAAAGGGAAGGGCAAAGGCGGGAGGAGCCCUCCAACGUACAUAUGAGUGAAAGCAAACACGAGGAAAGCCGGAAGAGCUGCACAGAGGAGCAGAAAAGGUGGAAUGGAUUACAAAGUCCCGGGGGCAGUGAUCAACGGUGAAAUACCUGCACAGCCCCCUGGGGAAAAGAAGAAGAAAGAGGCAGCCGAUCAAACAUUAGAACGAGACCACUGGAACAACAAGCUGGAAUAUGUGCUUUCCGUAGCCGGGGAAAUCAUUGGCUUGGGGAAUGUCUGGCGCUUCCCUUAUCUCUGUUACAAGAACGGCGGUGGUGCUUUCUUCAUCCCGUACCUCAUCUUUCUCUUUGCCUGCGGAAUUCCAGUAUUCCUCUUGGAGACAGCCCUUGGGCAAUAUACCAGCCAAGGCGGGAUCACUGCCUGGAGAAAGAUCUGCCCUAUCUUUGAAGGAAUUGGGUAUGCGUCACAAGUUAUUGAAUCCUACCUGAAUAUCUACUACAUCAUCAUUUUGGCCUGGGCCCUGUUUUACCUAUUUAACUCCUUUUCUGCUGUCCUACCAUGGGCCAACUGCAACAACUAUUGGAAUUCAGAGCAUUGUGUGGAUUUCCUGAACAACACCAGUUUGGAGAAUGGGACAGUGUCAUCUAACACUACCUCCCCUGUCAUUGAGUUCUGGGAGAAGCGAGUUUUGGGACUAACUGAUGGACUACAUCAUCUGGGCACUGUCCGGUGGGAGCUGGCUCUCUGCCUUAUGCUUGCCUGGAUCAUCUGCUACUUCUGCAUCUGGAAAGGAGUCAAGUCCACAGGCAAAGUGGUCUACUUCACAGCAACAUUUCCUUAUGUGAUGCUUAUUGUCCUACUGAUCCGAGGAGUCACUCUGCCAGGCGCCAAAGAAGGGAUUGAGUUUUAUUUGAACCCAGACAUUUCUAGACUUGCAGAUCCUCAGGUAUGGAUGGAUGCAGGCACUCAGAUCUUCUUCUCUUAUGCUAUCUGCCAGGGAUGCUUGACAGCCUUGGGCAGCUAUAACAAAUACAACAACAAUUGCUACAGGGAUUGCUUCAUGCUCUGCUUCCUAAACAGUGCCACUAGUUUUGUGGCUGGCUUUGCCAUUUUCUCCGUACUGGGUUUCAUGGCGCAAGAACAGGGGGUGUCCAUCUCAGAAGUGGCCGAAUCAGGUCCUGGCCUGGCAUUCAUUGCCUACCCCAAAGCAGUAACCUUGAUGCCCGUAUCUCAGCUCUGGUCUUGCUUAUUCUUCCUUAUGCUGAUCUUCUUGGGGCUGGACAGCCAGUUUGUUUGUGUUGAGAGUUUGGUGACAGCCAUUGUGGACCUGUUUCCGGACAUCUUUCGCAAGAAGGGGCGGAGAGAACUGUUGAUCCUGGGCAUUGCAGUGAUCUGCUACCUGCUUGGUUUGCUUCUGAUUACUGAGGGGGGAAUGUACGUUUUCCAGCUGUUUGAUUACUAUGCUGCCAGCGGCAUGUGCCUUCUCUUCCUGGCGAUCUUUGAAGUCAUUUGCAUUGCAUGGGUUUACGGAGCAGACCGUUUCUAUGACAAUAUUGAGGACAUGAUUGGUUACCGGCCAUGCCCCUUGGUUAAAAUAUGCUGGCUUUUUCUCACACCUGGCGUUUGCCUGGCAACCUUCCUGUUUUCGCUCAUUAGAUACACACCACUCAAAUAUAAUAAUGUCUAUGAGUACCCCACAUGGGGCAUCGCAGUGGGAUGGCUGAUGGCUCUUUCCUCGAUGAUCUGCAUUCCCCUUUAUGUUGUGUACAUCUUACUGAAAACCAAGGGAUCUCUAAAACAGCGGUUAUGUCAGCUGACUGCUCCAGCAGGGGACCUGCCCCAGCCAAAGAAGCACUUGGUUGACUUGACAGGACAGUGGGACCACUCCAAGCCAGGAUGCCAGAGCCCAGCCAAAGAAGUGCUCAUCACUACAGAGAAGGAAACUGCCUUCUGGAGCUCCUAGGAGGUGUCUUUGUUUAAGUUUUGGAAAGGCUGGUGCUUAUUUCUGGUGGCUUUCCUUUACACGUGGUAUGAAGUCCUCUUCAGUCCCUCUCUGCCUUGGACAGAUUCCCCCCAAGAAGCAGAAAUUUCUGACCUGGGAUGGCUUCUUCUCUUCCAUCUUGACCUGGCACCCAGAAUGGGACAGGACCAACAGUGUUUUUCACAUAUGGACAACAACUAUUAGAAAGCUACGAAAUUGGGCCAAAUCUCAGUGAUAGAUCACAUGCUUUAUCUGCUUUAAGGCCCUGGUUGAAUCCCUGGAAUCUCCAGUUAGAAGGAUUUCAAUGGCCAGGUUAGGAGGGCAAACCCCCCUGCCUAUUUUGGAAAGUAAGUGCUAGCCACACUGGACAAUACUGGUCUUCAAGAAUCAAGAGUGUGACUCAAUAAAAAAGAAGCUUCCUUCAUGAGAUCAAAAGUUCUGGGAGGGUGCAUAGUGCAAGGGUACACCCCAUACAUUGGGGUCAGAAGGUCUUGGGUUCAAUCCCAGCCAUCUCCAGCUUUACAAAAGGGUCUCUGGUGACCAAUGUUGGCCAUAGUUGACAGUGCUAUGCUAUGGGAGCCAAUGACACCUCCAAGGCAGCUUCAUAUGGACUCAGCUUUUCAGGCUGGAGAACAUGCUUUGCAGACAGUUACAAAUUCAAGCCCCAGCUUUAAAGAAAGGAACUCUACUGGAAGUUCCAGGAAAGACUCUAGAACAGUUCUCUCUAGUGAAGUGUUCACAACACCUGCCAGUUUUCCUGGUGCCUGCUCGCUCCCAAAGGUACCUGAAUGGAACAGGGAGAAAAAAAGACCAGAGACCUUUGAGUCAAUCACUUCCAGCUGGCUUACUUAUAAAACACUGAUCUUACCCCCAGGUAGGAGUAUCCUAGCUAGCCUCACACUCACACACAGUUUGACCACAGAGUUUCUUAUCUCUCAAUAUGCCUGCUACUUUCUUUGGAAGUGGAUUCUAAGCCCUAUCUCUUCUCCAAACCAAAGAGCCCGUCCAGCUUUCCUGCACCUUCUUGAAGGGAGACUUUCUUACCUUAUUAAGCAGGCCAUUCCAUAAGGCAGGGCCACAAGCUCAGGUUCAGGGCACUGUUUUACCGGUUUAUAGGGCAGUAACAAUCCACAGUACCUUCAGAAGGCUUUGGUCAGGUGAGAAGGGCUCCCACAGAGAGAGGUAGUCCCAUGGAUAAGUGGUUCCUAAGCCUCAAAGGAUUUUGUAAAUAAUAAUCAUGGGGAAUGGUGGAACCUGAGUAUCCACCAAAAUUAUCGCUUAUCUCCAGACUAUAGAGAGCUGGAGAAAAUGAAUGCUUUGCAGGGUGGAAUUGAUGGCAUUGUAACCCACUGAGAUCCUUCCCAAGCUCAAUCCACAGAAUUCCACGAAUUCCCCAAUUUGGAGCUGGCAAUCAUAUCCCCUCCCCCAACCUCUGCUGAUGGUAAGGGCAGAUCUGGCAACCCUACAUUAUCAGUACUUCAAAGUUGUCUUUAGUGGCAGUUUCACAUAGAGCACAUUACAACAGUUUAAGCUUCAUGGUUACCAUGGAUUGGAUCCACAUGGAUUGGUCAGUCAAGGUAGGAAGCCAACCUCUGAACUAAAAAAUAUGGGGAGAAGGUUUUUGUGUGUGGGGGAGGCAACAGAAUUAGAUGGGGUGGUGGUAAACAAGGCUAGGUUUCCCAUUGCAGCACUGGCCCAUCCUUUGAUGCAUCUUUUUCUUUUCAAAACUUUUCCCACUGUCCAGUGCAAGAGUAUGCAGGCAAAACAAAAUUAAAGAGUUGAGAGUCAGUGGUCAAGAACAAGCUAGUUGGUUGGCAUCAAGGCAAAAGAUUAUACUCCACCAGCAUUUGAAGAUUUGUAAUUUGUAAAUACAUAUGAGGACUCUCCCUAUGAUCUGGUAUUCUCAGGCAAUUCUCCUAACCACAGUUGUUACCAGCACUGAUAUCUUUCAGAAUGAAGCCUUUGCCUUGCAUAUGAAUGUACAAACUUACCUGGAAUGAACUGCUCUACCAAGCUCAUCACUAGUCCAACUGGUGCCAGGUCUCACAGGAGCUCAGGCAAAGACAUUUCCCGGUCCUUCUAACUGCGAUCCUUUCAAAGGGGACACUGGAAAGGAAACCAACAGGGUCCUUCUGUAUACAAAAUGUAUGCUUUACUGCUGCUUUUCAGUUCCUCUGCUCAUCAGUAAUAAAUUGGCAGCAAAACAUUUUUUUAAAAAAAAAUUGUGACCAAAAGGUAUCAAUGCUCCUUUCCUUUCCUUGUGCCUUCACUCCCUCACCAAAUUCCUGACAAAACAUUUCUAAUCCUCAAUAAAUAAAUAAAUAAUACCGAUGUCGGAAAUGAUAUCAAUUAUGCAAAAGAAGCAAAGGCAGCAAGAUCUGCAUAAUUUAUUUUAAUUGCAGGGAUUUUAGGUGCUUCUUUCGCUCACCCUUUGGAAGCUGCUGCUUCUUCUUUUUUUUUUUUAACCAAGUUGCAAACUGCUGUUUGGGCUCCAAAAUCAGAACCGAGCGCUCGACCCCUCUCAUUUCAUGAGGGCCUAGAGGAGAAGAAGGUGAUAAAUUGGAAGCAAGAUGAGUUUGCCAGGAAAAAAAAAGUGUCAAAGCCAUUUAAAAUCUUUUUUUUUUUGCAAACUUUUGAGAAGAAGAUACCGGUGCAGAAAGAAAAUGCAGCAGGCUGACAGGAUUUCAACUUGAAUGUACCACUUUUGAUGUAGCUCUGUGUGACGUUCUCGAGUUGCUGGAAAACGAAAAGAAAUGUGACUUGAACAGACCUGCCCUAAACUUAAAUGCCUAAACCAUAUUAGCAUACAUUGGAGACAUGUAAGAAAUACUGAAAAUGAAAUCUCACCAGAUACCAGCUUAGCAAUUAUGAUGCAAAGGCUUGGAUACGGCUUGUGAUGCAGAAAGAACAGAUGGGAACGGAAAGCCCAUCUGGCUAGAAAACCAAAUAUUGUGGACUGGAUUUCCUUCCUUUGUAAAACCUCGCUCAAAUUCGCAGUCAACUAAAAACACUGACUGGGACCUCUCACUGCAAGCCUUGUAGCUUGAGCUGAUUCAUCUUUACUUGCAAUAAGUAAAAACAUAUUACUUCAAAUUAUCCAAAUAAUCUAUUUGGAUAAGUUUAGGAAUUAAGCUUACUAGGGGCUGUUCCCCACUUACCAAUUGUUGUGGGCCAAAGGGCGUCUACCCCGCGUGCGUUAGACUCCGCAGCUUUUGAGCACAGAGAAGUUGUUCCCCACAUCAUUUUGCUCUUCGGGAAAUCUUCCCUAAAGAACGCGGGGUCAGAAUUGCAGCGUUCCCCAAAAGCACAUGUUCCACAGUGAUUGCAGCCAUUGGAGGGCAGGUCUCUGUUUUGAUUGGCUGGUCGGACUCUUUUUUUGUCGUCAACACGUGCACACGUCAUCAUAACGUUGCUGGUCGCGUUUUGUCCACCUCCUGUUCUGGCUUCUGAUCGGCUUGUUCCUUGUGGCGCACUAAUAUCUGCCGAUGUCCCCCACAAUACUCCAAAAUGUUGCUCUUCCGACCAGGUCCAAAAAUGAUGCGCACUAAGGGGGCAGAAGAGCGUCAGAAUUGGGGUGGCCGCAUUGCCGUUGCUGGUGCCGUAGGGAGCGCUGCAGAACCCCGGGUCAGAGGUGUACUGCAGGUAAAGAUAAAGGUUUGAGCAGGUAAAGGAUAAAUUGCAACAAACUGCAAGCAUUUGUUGUGGUUGUUACGCCUUUCCCCCGUGCAAUAAAGCAACAUGCCCUGAAGAAUAA